CCUGGAGGCAUUCCCCUAAGAGCAGCCGGGUUUGAUGCUCUCUGCUGAAAGCAGCUGGAACGGAGAACAGCGGCUCUUCAUGUAUUACAAGCUGUAACCCUUCCCUGCCUGGCGUGCCCAGACUGCACGAACUGUGCUGUUCUGCUGAGCCCUUUGCACGCAAGGGCUGCACCUAUGGGAGCCGCACGUCCCCGUCACGCUCCCUGGGCCCGUCUCUCAUGCACAGUGCGUGCCACAAACAGGAUGUGGCCGCUGAGGCUUCCGGCUUCCGAGCGCGGCCCCAGGGUGGGAGACGCCGAGGGAGGAGCCUGGGCGAAGUCCAGGCGCUGGGUGCAGGCUGAGUGCCGCUGUCCCGGCAGGACAGGACAGGCCCUGUGCUUCCAGCAUGGCCGCGCAGAUGUUCGAGGGCACGCAGCAUGCGGCCGUCUACCAGAAGUAUCGCUUUGCCCCCGGCAAGGAGCUGAAGGACAUCAUCCUCACCUACCUGCAGGAGAAGGCUCCCAACUGCGUGGAACUGGCUGUGGACGUGGGCUGUGGGUCGGGGCAAGGCACGGCCUUCCUGGCAGAGCGCUUCAUGAAGGUGGUGGGCACCGACAUCAGCCAUGCGCAGAUCCAGGAGGCCAAGGCUGCCCCCUCUCCUCCCAACAUCUCCUACUUGGUGUGCCCAGCGGAGGAGCUGCCCUUUGACGAUGCCUCAGUUGAUCUUCUGGCCUCGUUCACGGCCGCGCACUGGUUUGAUAUUGGGAAGUUCAUGAGCGAGGCCAAGCGCGUGCUGCGGCCGGGUGGCUGCGUGGCCAUCAGCACCUACACCAUCGACAUGAGCCUGCACUAUGGGAACUGCUCUGAAAAGCUGACCCAAAUCUACCGGGAGUCCUGGGACCAGCUCUUAAAAUACUCGCACAGUAGAACAAAACAUGUCCUGGAAGACUACAAGGAGAUCUUUGAGGCUUUGCCAUUUCCAGACAAGAAGAGGAUCACCAACAUUUAUGACAAAAUUCCCAUGACGGUUGCUGGGGUGGUUGGUUACUUAGAGUCUGUCUCUCCAUACCAAGUCUUCAUGAAGAAUGACCCUGAAGCUGCAAAAACCCUCCUCCCAGAGAUGGAAAAGAGGCUGUUGGAGACAAUGGGGGCUUCCUCACGUGACACUCCGCUGGAGUUCUGGGUGAGGCAUGUCUGCAUCCUGGGGCACAAGGAAGCGUGAGGCGAGCCUCCUCCUGACCUGGUGCUGGGAGAAGUGGGACUCCUGCUCUUCUUCCCUGGGGAGCCUGGUGGAGAUUUCAGUGAUCAAAGCCUUAAUCUUUGUGAGCAGACAUGGGCUUAAUGCAGGGCCAUGUCUGUGCCAUGCUCCCAGUCUGCCCAGCACACUCCUGUUGGAGGGACCAUUGUGGUUGUGAUUCUUGUCCCACAUCCAAUCCUGUAACAGCUGAAUUUCUUUAACAAUAAUAAAAAAAACCUGCAAGUGUG